AUGCGUGGGUUGAAACCCCGGAUGACAGAACUUCAAACUAUUUCUGGAUAUUGUUUUUUGGUGAUUGUAUUAAUUGGAACAUACCUUGGCAUUUCUAAUAUUCUUCACUGCCGUCAUUUUGAAGUUAGAAGUGUUGUUCCCCAAUUCCAUUUCGAAGUUGGUGGUGUAGUAUGGAAUACCACAGGUGCUGAUUGGUGGGAGUCCUUCGAUGUGGCAUUGAUGACGGAUCAUCAUUUGGACACUUCCAUUCAAAUCCCAAGUGGUUCCAGUCGACAAGUGAUAUUCUCCUCCGUUCAUGGUAACAGCGAGGUUGAUGAUGACUCUUUGCCAGUGUGGGGAAUGGAGGUAUGGACGAACAUGGUCGAGUGGACGUUCAUCGCAGGAGAUCUUUCCAGAGAUGUGGUAGUCUGGGUUUACCUGGAAAAAUGA